AUGACAAAUGAUUUGCCAAUUUCUCUGAAAAAAUUUUAUGCCAGGUCUGAUAAUCUUACGGACGAAAUCAAACGACGUUUUAGACGAUCUGCGAAUCUCAAUGUACCAUUCGUUCUGAAUGAAUUUCGGCCCAAAGAAGAUGAGAAGCAGCAAAUGAUGGAAGAAUCGGUAUCGUUGAUAACGCUUCUCAUAAAAACUACAAGAACGCCAGUGAUGAUAGCCAAUAUUAUGAAUUUUGUACCGGAAUCUGGAAUCCUCAAACACAUCGAAUCACGUGACCACAAGUCUGGCGAAGCAAAUAUUAUGGAAAUCCUUCUUGAGAUCGAACUAAUGAAGCGCGAAUUGCGAGAGAUGAUCAUUGAAAAUCUCCGUUCAAUAUGUCUUGAAGUGCAAGAAAUCGGAGUUACCAGUAUUCCACUGGUACCAUCUGAAGCAAUGAAAUACAAUGAAUCAGGGUUCGAA